ACUGUCGCUGCUCACGUAGUCCAUACCAGGAAUAUCGUCAACGUGGGAGAUGUUCUUCAAGAGGACACCAAGUUCCCUGCCGGUAUUGGCAAACGAGGACCGAAGACACAGGCAGUACUGGCAGUUCCGGUCCUGUUAGAUAAUGAACAAUGUGCAGGUGUGAUCGAGAUAUGUCGAGACUUUGGGAAGCCACAGUUUACACAACACGACGAGCAGUUGUUACGAAAUUAUUCCAAGUGGGGCGAACUAGUCGUCAGAUAUGCUAAGUUGUAUGAAGCAGUAAAACAUCAGACGGAUUUUAACGACCUACUACUAAACGUAACGAAGUCGUUAUACACGGAUAUUGUGCAGGGCAAAACAGCUGACGAUCUAUCUGUUAUUGAUCAGAUUCUGGAACAAGCAAAAGAUUUGAUAAACGCAGAAAGAUGUUCUCUGUUUUUGAUCGAUAAAGAAACAGACGAACUCUACGCCAAAGCAUUUGAUAUUGGUGCGGGCAGCGACGAGUCAAAGAGCUCGACUAUACGGACACCUAGUAAGAAAGGGGUUAUUGGAGACACCUUUCAGACAGGAAAUGUUAACAGGAUCGAGGAUGUGGACAGUGACGAGCGAUUUAAUAAGGAGAUUGACAAGCUGACAGGCUUCAAGACACGUAAUCUACUGUGUAUACCAAUACACUCUGAUAAGGGAAUAAUAGGGGUCACGGAAAUGGUCAAUAAAAAACUUGAGCGAGGAUUUUCCCUGAGUGACGAGCGAGCGUUUUACACGCUGACAGUUUUCUGUGGCCUAGCUCUCUAUACUAACAAUCUGGAAAGGAGACUCGCUAGAAUGCUGACGGCUCGAGAGAUAAACAUGAGCGUUUUGAACUACUACCGGGUUUGUUCACAGGAUGAGUGUGACGUCAUUACCGCCCUGCCUCCUAUGCAGGUCUCUUCCUUUCAGCUCUCCAGGUACGAUUUUGACACGUGGAGUUGCAGUCAGGAGACUCAAGUCAGACUUUUUAUCGGACUAUUUGAGGACCUUUUCCCGGGACUCUACGACAGAGACUUACUUAUUAGAUUCACACUUACUGUCAAGAAGAACUACCGAAAAGUAGCGUACCAUAAUUGGGAACAUGCCUUCUGCGUGGCUAACUGUAUGUACUCGAUAUUAAAGUCAAACCAAGUCAUGUGCUUUACUACUAAUGAGAUGUUAGCCUUAUUUGUAGGGUGCAUUUGUCAUGAUCUAGACCACAGAGGUUACACGAACAGCUUCAUGAAGCUUACCGCACACCCCCUCUCUGCUAUCUACUCCAGCAGCAUCAUGGAGAAUCAUCACUACGAACAGACCCUCCAGUUACUCAUGCAAAAAGAUUUGAACGUGUUUGCUAAUCUGAAGCCAGAUGACUAUGUUAACGUAAUCGCGAUCAUGAAGCACGCUAUCAUAGCAACUGAUCUUGCUCUUUACUUCGACAAUAGGACCACUUUAAGAGAGCUUCACAACAAGAAUUUGUUCAACUCUGAUGACAGGGAACACAAGCAGAGACUCAGAGCUCUGAUCAUGACCUGUUGUGAUCUCUGUGCGGUAACCAAACCAUGGAAUGUUCAGAAGAUCGUUGUGGAGCAUAUAAAUGAAGAAUUCCACAACCAGGGAGACCAGGAAAAGGCUCUUGGGUUCGAACCUCUACCUUUGAUGGACCGUGCUAAAGCAGAAACCCAAACAGCUCAAAGCCAGGUAGAUUUCAUAACCUCGGUGUGUUUGCCAGCUUACAAGCUUCUCUCCGAAUUAAUGCCAUCAACCUCACCUAUGUACGAGGGGGCACUGAGUAACCUUAAAAAGUGGGAGACAGUGGCUAAACAUGGUCCCGAAGCUGUUGAAAUUCCAACAAAUAAUGUGGAGAAUCAGGAGGUUACCAAGCCGGCCGCUAAACUUAGACGGACCAAAACUAACGGAAACAAAAAGGGGAAGAAUGUUGGCAAGGAUAGAUUUCCUACCCACAAGGUAAAGCGCUGA